AUGAUUACUGCUGUUUCCAGUACAUGUGCAAAUGCUCUCCCGUGUGCUGGAACGGCUACGAGCUCAUUUCUCGUGGACAACCCGAAUGUGCACCAGCAACAGAGCACGCGCCCCCCCAACCCGAAUGUGCACCAGCAACAGAGCACGCGCCCCCCCAACCCGGCCUUCUCAUCUCUCUGGGUCAGCCCAAGUGCGCGCCAGCAACGGAGCACGCACCUCCCCUUCCCGGUAAUAUCUCUUGGACAACCCAAAUGCGCACCAGCAACGGAGCAUGCACCCCCCCUUCCUGGCCAGCCUCCCACUCUCACACCUGUGGACUGCGCGCACCCGCAGGAGUUCAACGCCGCUCUUUACAGCUUCUUCACAGAAACGUCCGGGGGGAGCCUGGGCGUGUGGAGUGCAGGGGGAGGGGGGGACGGAGAGAGCGGUGGGAAAGGGUGGUUGGAGAGCCGGAGCGGUGUGGACUGGCGUUUUGGGCAGACGAUGCUGCAGACGUUUAACAAGACUGAGACCAACAUUGCUCACUAUGCUGGUGGGUGGGUGGGCGGGUAUGACCAUUGGUGGGAUGGGGGGCUAUGGAGGUGGGAGGGCAAGCAGGGGGGCAGGCGGGUGGGCGGGCAGGUGGGAGGGUGGGAGGGUGGGAGGGUGGGUGGGCGGGUAUGUGGGUGGGUGGGCGGGUGGGCAUCAUUGGUGGAGUGGAGUGGGAGAGGUGGCUUUUGGAUUCCUUGGAUGGGAAUUGAAUUCGAAUCCGCAUGGAACGCCGCGACCGAAUCCCGCCCCCUCUGCUUUGAAAGCCUCCUCCUCCCGGGCUUCUUCAAAGGAGUGGCCUUCCCGUCCCACCCUGACCAAGGCACCUAUUUGGACCGGCACUUAAGAAUCAAGCUGGGUUUGGAGCCUCCAGAGAAAAUGGUGUGGGGGGCGGAUGGGGUGAAGGGGUGGCGGCCGCGAGUGCUGUAUAUCACGCGGCUGGGGGCGGAGUUGAAGGGCCGCCGCACCUUUGUGCCGGAGAGUCAUGAGGCUCUGCUGAAGCUGAUGAACGACCUGGACCUUGAGGUGGGUCCUUCCUCCUCUUUCAUCUUUCAUCUUUCUCUUCUUUCAUCUUCUUCUUCUUUCAUCUUCUUCUUCUUUCAUCUUCUUCUUCUUUCAUCUUCUUCUUUCAUCUUCUUCUUCUUUCAUCUUCUUCUUCUUUCGUCUUUGUCUUCUUUCGUCUUUGUCUUCUUUCGUCUUUGUCUUCUUUCGUCUUUGUCUUCUUUCGUCUUUGUCUUCUUUCAUCUUCCUCUUCUUUCAUCUUCCUUUUCUUUCAUCUCGCUCCUCUUUUCUUUUGGCCUCCCCCCUCAUCCAUCCACCCAUGCCUCUUCUCCAGGUAACAAUGGUUGA